CCCUGUUGCCAUAGUUACUGCUCAGUUUUCGCUCUCUUCCUUUGGAACGUUUUAGUGUCCAUCGAAUACUUGCAAAGUUAAAGUUUUCGGAGAUCAAACUCCCUGGUCGUUACGUCACAAGCAAACAAGCACAGAACAUUUGAACAGACGCAAGCAGAAGAAUUUGAUGAAGAGAAGUAUAAUGAUACAUCAAAAGAAUUUUUCAACUGCUUCUACCAAAUCUGAAAUUAUAAAAGUUGUUUCAUAGUAAAUCACAUUUCAGGAAUAAAAUAAAAACGAAGCUGAUACAAGUACAAAUUUCCAUUUUUACAAAACUGGAUAUGUUUUUUAUCUAAGAGAAUUCAUGCCUUCUCUCUAUUUUCUUUUAUCCUGUUAUAUAAUAUCUGAAACCUGCUCAUUUUUACAAAAUUAAGAUGUUUGAAGUUUUUCCCUUGAAAACAGUUCAAGUUUUCAUCCUCUGAAUGCAACUAAAUGAUAUGUACACGAUAAUGUCGAAUAUACUGCUCCUUUCUGCUUUUUCAACAAACUCGCACUCCUACCUGCGAAUAAAUAAGCUAACACGAAUGGUAAUUAGUCAUGAUAUUAAUCAGAAAAAAUUAGAUAAAAUGGUAAAUUUAGAACAAGCUUAGAUGAAGGUUUAAUUCUGAGAAAACAGUAAAAUAAUUAAACAACAUUUAAUUCGUGUUUAUUUUACAUCAACAGCGCAUAAAGCUUUUCGUGGGAAGAAAAUAAAGCAAUAUUUGUAAAGAAUAUUUUAAGACAAAUAUUUUGACUCAUUAAAAUGCCUGGAUUGAUGAAAACUACAUUUUUCAUGACAGUGUUUUUGGUUUUUUCCAGUUUAUAUUUUUUACAUACAUUUUAUCAGCAAACUACUGUACCUCUGAAGAUACUGAAGGUUAAAGUCGCCUAUUCAGUUCUCAAUGAAACGAAUGAAGGUUUCCUUGUGUAUACACCAGGUUGUCGAAUUCCGAAAUUUGAUCCCUAUGAUUUUACCGUAAGACGAUUUUAUGUUAAAACUCCAUACGUAUACGACUGUGGACCAAAGAAAUCAGUAUUCAAGGUUAAGAGAAAUGGUAUUGUUUCCGUUGAUGAAGAUAUGUUCUACAAACAAUACAAGGUAAUGAAAAAUCAGACAGAUUGUUACUUUUACCCGAUUUUAAGGAAAAACAAAGUUCGUAAGCCUGACGACACAUUUAUGCUGGGUAAAGAACAUGAUAUGAUCUUCGAUCUGCCAAUUGAAGACGAUUUCAUAAUUUUGAAAUGCAAAACAGGAAAUAAAACUUUAGUUUCCACAGCUUUGCUUUUAACGCCAAUUAAACCCAAAGUUGAACAAAGAUGUGAAAGCGCAAUAAAAAGUGCAAGUACCUCUGAAGAGAAAUUGAGCGUUAUUAUAAUAGGCAUAGAUUCCAUAUCAAAACUAAACUUCAUAAGGUACUUUCGUAACUCCUUAAAAUUUUUACGGAAUAAUCUGUUUGCGAUUGAACUGAACGGCUUCACUAAGGUAGCAGAUAAUACAUAUCCCAACUUAAUUCCAUUUUUAACAGGACGCCACAGGAAUCAUUACAAACCUAAAGAAAGAAAAUAUGCAUUUUUUGAUGAUGUCGAUUUUGUGUGGAAACGAUAUUCUGCGGCUGGUUAUAGGACAUUAUUUUCUGAGGACGCUCCCACUAUGGGAGCUUUUGUUCUGAAUAGACGAGGAUUUAAAAAUCCGCCAACUGAUUACUAUAGUCAUCCUUUUUCUGUAGCUGUUGAAUUGCUCAAUAUGAGAAGCAGAACUCACUGCAUUGGUUCAGAGCUAGAAAUGAAAGUUUAUUUCGAUUACGUGAGAAAUUUCAUAUCAACAUUAGAUGGUAAGCCAACUUUCGCUUUUACAUUCAUUGCAAGAUUAACUCACGAUAUCUUAAAGUAUGCUGGAUAUGCAGAUAAGCCAUCAUAUGAAUUACUCAAAGAUUUAAAAGACUAUGGAGCAAUAAACCAAUCUUUAUUAAUAUUUUUCAGUGAUCAUGGUAUUCGUUUCGGGGACAUUCGCAAAACCUAUAUUGGUAAAAUUGAAGAAAGAAUGCCAUUCAUGUUCCUUUCAUUCCCUGAAUGGUUCUUUAGGAAGUACCCAAAAUUUGCAAAGAAUCUGGAAUUAAAUAAAAAUCGUCUGACCACCCCGUAUGAUAUACAUGCCACUCUUUUACACCUUUUGGAUCUUAAAAGAGAAUCAUUUUUCACUUUACAUGGACAAAGUUUAUUAACCGAAAUACCCGCAGAGAGGACAUGUAGUGAUGCCAUGAUUGCUAAACAUUGGUGUGCUUGUCAAACUCAUAAACUGAUAGCAACCAAUGAUUCAAAUGUUCGACAAGCAGCUUUAGCAGUAGUCCGAAAAGUAAAUAUUCUUCUUAAGCCUUUUUUCAAACUCUGCGUUCCUUUAAAAUUAGGAAAAAUCCUAGAUGCUCGAAUUGUAAUAACCAACGAGGAUCUGCUUCCAGUAACAACAAAAGAUUAUUUAAUAACAAUACUCGUGACUCCAAGUGGGGCUGUUUUUGAAGCAACAGUUCAAAGAGAAAAGAAGAAUCUAUAUAAAGUAUCAGAAGAAAUUAGUCGAAUAAAUAAAUAUGGUAAUCAAUCAGAUUGCAUACAUGAACCCAUACUUCGUAAAUACUGCUACUGUAAAAGCUUUCUUUUGAGAAGCUGAUUAUUGUUAUAUGGCUAAUUAAAUGCGUUCGUUAAUAAUGAAUUUCUAAUCCCAUUUUUAAAAAUCAGAAAGUUCUCCAGCAUCUAAAGAAAGCCAAAAUAUUAUCGUGAACCGUUCAACAUUUUUUAAACUGUGAAAAGACAUUUACUAAUGAGCCCUAAUUCUUCUAUGAUGUGUGCAAGAAUUAUCAACGAGAACGUACUAGAAAAAAAAUACGUAUAUUGGAUAUAAUUGAAUAAGUUUUAUUAAACUAUAAUAAACUAAAAAUGUUAUAAUAAGGUGAAAAUCAUUUGUCCCUUUGUUUGGAUUACCUUGGAUUCUCUUACGAAUUACAUGCCAAGCACACGAGCAUUGUCCACUAAAUAAGCUUUCCUUUUCAGCUAGAUUGGAGAAUCUUAUUGCCUCAUAAAAUGUUUGUCAUGAAUAAUAGUUACACUGUUUACAUACUUCCGAAUGCAACUAAUGGAUACUGCCAUUUGUCCAAACGCUUCAUACCUUUUUGAAACCUGCCAAAAGAUGCAGUUUAUGUUGCAGAAACGGCAGUAUUUGACUCCUUCCCCAGUCCUUGAAGCUGACGGAAAUCAUUCACAACAAAUUAAAUCUGUAGUAUGGACCGAUAUCAUCGAUAAGAUCCUCAAAUCUGCAAGACUUGUGCGUAUUCAUCAAAGUGAAACAAAUAUCAUUUACGAAUAGAGGACGGUAACGAGGUAAGUAAUAUAAAAUCGAAAAGAUUGCAAUGAAAAUUUCCAUCUGUAUAAGGUUGAAUGAUAAUGAACAGCAAACACCAUUCUCACUGUUAUAGACAAUCAAACAGAAGAACACCAUUUGCUUCUCAAAUAAGACGACCAACAACAGAUUCUCAAAAGAUUGAAUCAUUUUGAAAUUUUUGUACACUGUAAAAUCAUAGUACAGGAUUUACAUGCUUUGAUUUUUGCGUUUUAUAAGAACCAAUUUUUCGUCGUAAGUAAAAAUAUAAGUUGGAGAAACCAUUAUCUUUAUUCUGAUACUGCAUCAAUCAUUCCAAAUUACUGCCUGUUCUUGCUUAAAGAUGAUCAGUCCUGAGUUGUCAUGUGUAAUCUCUUUGCAGUAGGUUUACCUGGGAUUGCGUGCAUUUUUUCUAAUCAGUAAAAUCCAUAACUGCACUACUCGGCAAACUUUAAGUCUUCUGACACUUUAUUUACUUUGUCUCUCUUUUCAUGAGCAUUAUUUUUUACUUUUAAUCACAUACUGGACAGUUGGUUUCGUGGAAGUACACACAGGUCAUAUUAGCCUGAAUGGUCCAGUUGAUGGUAUUUUAUCUAGCUCCGGUCUUACAGCUGUAACCUUGGAUCUCACCAGCAAUAACACUUGGUUAAACUGAGAAAAUCCCAUAGAAAAUAAUUCACUGCUUUUUGGAAACCAUUUGCACCAUUUGUACUGCCAUGGCAAACUAAUUAUGCACAUAUUACAGGUUUUGGUAAAUUUCAGUGUUGGAAAACCAUUUGCUCAUUCGUUUCAGCUAAAGCUUUCCUUUCUUCAUUGAGUCUCCUCACACUCUUACUGCAGUCUUGUUGGAAAAAGACUUAUGCAAAUGUGACCCCUCUAUUUUUUUCUGGCAAAUUUCUUUUCCAUUUCAGCUGCAAACAUGCAUGUACUCAUGUCGCAUGAAGAACACAUAAUUAUGCACAACUGAAAUAAGGAGUUACUUUCGCAUUAUAUCACACAGCUGUGUUAAUGUCCUUUGUCUAAUAGACUUGGAAAGCUUAUUUAUCGAAUGUACUUUGCUCAGAAGAUGCAUGGGUAAAAUAUGUUUUUAAUACUUAAUAGCAAAUGUUUUUAAUACUUAAUAAUACUGUUUUUAAUACUGUGUUACUAUUUCUGAAAAAGAGAAAAUUAUUUUUCUAAAUCCAAAAUAUAUAUGCUAAGGUUAAAGUAUUUAUAGCUGUUCAAUAAAUAGUUAAACUUAUAUAGGAUAUAACAUACAAGAUUUCCAUUACUUAAUCGUCAAUUCUGUAACAUCUUGCUUUUCCUGUCAUUUGUGUAAAUCUUACAAAAGAGAGCUACCUCCUAUAUUUUUAUUUUAUGUAAAAAAGGAUCAAGACGAAAGAAUGUUGAGCGAAUAUUAAAUCUUCCUGACGGCCACCUAAUCAGAUGAAAAAAGAUAUUCCAAUUGAUUAAGCAGUUUAUGCAAUGUAUACCGUUUAUUAGUACCUGAAUGUGUAUGGUUCUGA